AUGGCACGACGUUUGAGCGACGCCACCUUCCAGAGCGUCUGUAACUUAUGCACGGGAGUUGUUGGCCGGGCCCUUGGAAUCUCUGGUGAGAAUGAUGGGAACGAACAGGCCAAUCCCAGAGGCUUUAGGGAGGCCGUAUAUGACGGUUUACUCGCCCAGCAUCAGACUUCGAAUCAGCCCGAAAUCGUGCUUGCCAAUAUCGACGAGGGAGUCGAAGAGGCACCGAAUAAUCCGCAUUGGGACCGGACCGAGGAGUAUCUUUUUAAAUACGGACGCCUGCAAGCACAUGGAGAGAGGGUGAGACAGUGGAUAGAAAGCCCUGAAUCGCCGGGCUGCUACAUCAACCCAUCCACCUUGAGUAUUGAAGAUUUUGAGGCAAACAAUUGCUAUUUGCUAGCACCCAGGCUUCAUGCUGUGGACGAAGACUUUGCGGACCAGAUAUCAGAUCUCGGUUUUGAGCUGGGACGGACUCAUUGGUCAUUCCAAAUCCGAGCACCGGACUUUGCUUGGCUGGGAGAUACUGGACCGGGUGUCAUUAUCAUGAAAUCUGUGGACAGAGCGAGUCAAGAUGCUUAUCCGAUUUCUGAGAUAGCCAGGGCCCUUUAUAUGCGCGACUUCGAUAUCGACACUCUGCAACAUGUUUUCUUUCAGAACGUUCAAAACGUAGAAACAGUGCCCUUUGUCAGGAGGGCGCUGUAUACUGAGGAGAACAACCUCUCUUGGCCUAGGAAGGCGCCACAGACUUGGGCAUAUGGCACGCCAGAGUACGAUGGCUUUUUGGGUUCUCGAAUUGGGAAAAUCGUCGGAUACUUGGUCUUGGGUGCGUAUCCUCGUGGGACUCGACGUAUUAUCCAGAUCGUUACCUGGGCAGCUGACCCUGAAAACCACAACAGAAGGAUUCAGAUACGGUUUGAUAUUGAUUUUGUUCCAACGGCAUAG